CCCCUCUUCGAGUUUCAGCUUUCAUCUUUCAUCUUUCUCAUGGCUUCUUCUGUUAACUUCUCCUCUUGUCAAUUCAACAGUUUUCUCUACCGUUCUCCUCGAUUGAAGUAUUCUUCCUUUCCUUCUCGUCAGUUGAAGUGUUUUCACUCCCCUCCUCGUUCUUCUCGUCAACUCAAGUAUUCUUUCUCCCCUUGUCGUCAAUUGAAGUAUCCUUUCUCCCCUUCUCGCCAGUUGAAGUAUUUUUCAUCCCCUUCUUGUCAAUUGAAGGAUUCUUCACCCUCUUCUCUUCAGUUGAAGGAUUCUUCCUCUUCUCGUCAAUGGAAGUAUCAAGUUUUCUUGAGCUUCAGAUUUGAAACACGCCGUAACUUCACCAGCCAACUACUCAAAGCUUUGAAAGACACCGGAAUGAAUGUCUUCUUCGACGAAGAAAAACUUGAAAAAGGGGAGCAAUUUUUAGGACAACUUACCCAAUCAAUUGAAGUCUCAAAUCUCUCAAUAAUCAUUUUGUCUGCCGACUAUGCUUCUUCGGAUGUAUGCUUAACAGAACUCUCUCAGAUCAUGGAUCUCAAGCACAAUCAAGGACAUAUUGUUCUUCCCAUCUUCUUCCAUGUUGAUCCCUCCGAUGUGCAAAAUAUAAGUGGCACUUUCCAAAAAUCCUUUGACGCCCAUGAACCGAAGCAACCACCACCAUGUGACGAAGAGAAAUUGAAGCAGUGGAAAUUGAAGCAGCAGAAAGUGAAGCAGUGGAAAGCUGACUUGGCUCAAGUCGGAACAUUAAAAGGAGUUCAUAUAAAAGGGGACAGACCUGAGACUGAGCACAUCAAGCAUAUUGUUGAAUGUGCUAUCAACAAGUUGAUGAAGCAUCAGGUUUUCUUGAGCUUUGGUGAGGACACACGCCACAACUUCAGCAGUCAUCUUCUCAAAGCUCUGGAAGACACCGGAAUCAAUGUCAUCUCGGAUGACAAGACAGAGAUUGAAAUCUCUCAAGCAAUUGCAGCUUCAAACCUCUCAAUAGUCGUUUUAUCUGAAGACUAUGCUGUUUCGGAAUCAUGCCUAGCCCAACUUUCCUGUAUCAUGGCUCGCCAGCGCACUCAGAAACAUAUUUUUCUUCCCAUCUUUUACCAUGUUAAACCUGAUGAGCUGAAACUUGGUAGGAGUGAGAACUUCGCUGAGGUUGCUGACUUACAAGGGUUGAUUAUAGAAGGAGGCUAUUCUGAUAGACCUGAUACUGAACACAUUAAAGUUGUCGUUCGAGAUGUCAUACAAAAGUUGAAUCGCAAAUCUAGAAGCGUUUCAGAUGAGUUGAUUGGAAUAGAUGACCAAAAAGAAACGAUUUUGAGACUGAUUGGGCAAGAAAAAAAUCGUCUAAUAGGGCUUUGGGGUAUGGGUGGUAUAGGCAAAACUACCCUUGUUGAUGCUGUUUACAAUGAAAUCACCUUAGUGUUUGAUAGUCGUUGCUUCGUUCAUAAUGUUAGAAGGCAAAUAGAAGAUAAAGGGAUGAUUUCAGUUAGAAAUGAACUUCUCACCAACCUACUAGGGAACAAAACUGAUAUAGACACCCCCUCCAUAGGAUGCCUUGUAACCCAAGACAGGCUAAAAAAUAAAAGAGUAUUUGUCGUCCUUGACGAUGUUAAUGACUCGGAUCUAAUGGAUCUUAUGGGUGUAAAAUAUUUUGGUGAGGGAAGUAAAAUCAUUGUAACAUCUAGAGAUAGACAAGUUCUUAAGAAUGGAGGAGCUGACGAAAUAUAUAAGGUGAAAAAGCUAAAUGACAAGGACUCUCUUCAAUUAUUUUCUAGAUUUGCAUUUAAGCUUUCGAAUCCUGCUCUUGAUUUUCAAGACUUAUGGAACAAGUUUUUGGAAUACGCCCAAGGCAACCCACUUGCUCUGAAAGUUUUGGGUUCUAAACUAUAUACAAAGUCCAGAAAAGAGUGGGAAGGUGAGGUGGAUAAGCUCAAGGAAUAUCCCCAACAAAAAAUUUCACAGAUUUUGAGGAGUAGCUUUGAUGAGUUGGAUAAACUCGAGAAGGAUAUAUUUCUUGAUAUAGCAUGCUUCUUUAAACGAGAACUCAAGGAAGAUGUAGAAGAAAUUUUAAGUUGCUUGUAUAAGGGUGCAGCGUGUGGAAUAAGCAACUUGCUGGAUAAGUGCCUAGUUCAUAUUGAUUCUUAUGGGCGGAUUUGUAUGCAUGAUAUGCUUGAAGAGAUGGGAAAGGACAUUGUUCGCCGAGAAUCUAAAGAUCCUGGAGAGCGCAGUAGGUUAUGGAGUCUUAAAGACAUGAUCCAAGAGCUCAAAUAUAAUAAAGUGAAUAAAUCAAUUGAAGGAAUAAAGCUUUUCGUGAGCCGACUUGAAGACCAGCUGUUACUAUAUUCUGGUUUUGAGAAGAUGCAUAAUCUUAGAUAUAUCAUCCUUUAUACAUUUCCGUUCUCUGUUACUAGUGUAUCUUUUUCUGAUGAGCUAAGGUAUCUUCAUUGGGACUUUUGUCCCUUGAAAUCCUUAUCAUCAAAUUUUAAUCCAAAGAAUCUUGUUGUGUUGAAGCUAAGAGAUAGCUUCAUAGAACAACUUUGGAAGGAAGAUCAUCAGGAUCUUGUUAAUUUAAGGUCAAUUGACCUUUCUGGUUGCACGAGUCUAGUGGAGAUCCCUAAUCUAUCAGGAGCCAUCAACCUUCAAAGCCUUUGCUGCAAUGGGUGUGAAAGUUUGGUUGAACUACCUUCCCUCAACCAGUUGGUAUCUAUUGAAAGCCUUGACCUUUCUUAUUGCAAGAAUUUAAGGAAGAUUCCUAAUCCAUUUCGAGCCAUCAACCUUAAAUCACUUGAGUGCUAUUACUGUACAAGUUUGGUUGAACUAUCUUGCCUCAACCAGUUGGUAUCUCUUGAAAGCCUUGACCUUUCUUAUUGCAAGAAUUUAAGGAAGAUUCCUAAUCCAUUUGGAGCCAUCAACCUUAAAUCACUUAAGUGCAAAUACUGUACAAGUUUGGUUGAACUACCUUCCCUCAACAAGUUGGUAUCUCUUGAAAGCCUUGACCUUUCUUUUUGCGAGAAUUUAAGGAAGAUUUCUGAUCCAUUUGGAGCCAUCAACCUUAAAUCAAUUAAGUGCAAUUACUGUACAAGUUUGAUUGAAUUACCUUCUCUCAACCAAUUGGUAUCUCUUGAAAGCCUUGACCUUUCUUAUUGCGAGAAUUUAAGGAAGAAUCCUGAACCAUUUGGAGCCAUCAACCUUAAAUCACUUGAGUGCUAUUACUGUACAAGUUUGGUUGAACUAUCUUGCCUCAACCAUUUGGCAUCUCUUGAAGAGCUUGGACUGAAGGGAUGUCAUAAACUUAAGAAGUUUCCGGAGCUCCCAAAUAAUUUCUGUGAGUUAGAUUUAAGGUACACUGAAAUACAAGAAGUGCCGGAUUCGAUUCAGCAUCUUGUCGGACUUAGAAAGUUGAGUUUGAGUCACUCGAGGGUAGAAAAUUUAUCGAGCAAUAUUUCAAAGUUGGAAUCCCUUAACGUUUUGGAACUUGAGGAGUGCAGAAGAAUUAAAACACUCUCAGAGCUUCCACGAUAUCUGCGGUGCUUGAAUGCAAAUUAUUGCCGCUCAUUGGAGAAAGUAUCCUUCACCGAUCAUAAUUCCAAUUCAUUCUUUUCUUUACAUGAUGGUGAUGACACUCCUCGUGAAGAAAAGGUUUCCAUGUCAUUCCUUAAUUGCUUCAAGCUGAAUCAAGAUUCAAUUAAAAAUAUUGAGAGAAACGCGGUGCUUCAAAUUCAAUCCCUAGCUCAGAGAUGGGCAAGGAGAAAAGGGAGGGGUUCUUUUGGAAAUCAAUUUUUUUGUUGUUUCCCAGGAUAUGAAGUUCCAGCAAAUGAGUUUGAGCAUCGAAGCGUGAAUCCUUGGUUAAAUUUAAAGAUAGCCGCAAAUGGGUGUAGUGGGAGCAGAUUCUUGGCAUUUGCUUUAUGCUUUUUGGCUAAUUUCUGGUCUGCAGACGGAGAUGUUGGAUUUAUCUGUGAAUACCAACUGACAGCUGCCAGUGGUAAAAAGUUCAUGAGAGAGAGUCGCGUUUCUUGGAGAGGGGACAGGGGCUACAGAUACAAAGCUCAUGUGUUCAUUGUGUUUAAUAAGGAUAUGAUUAUAAGAGACAAUGAUUAUGAGGAGGCAUCAUUUGAGUUCUACAUCAAAGAUCAACUUGGUAGAAAAUAUAAAGCGGUGGAAUGGGGUGUUCAUGUAUUUUAUGUGGAUGCAGAGAGUUAUAGCAUUAGUGAUAUGCAACUUCACAAUAUUGCCAUCCAAAUGCAUUGUAUCAUUCUCUUAUGUCUUCAUGGCUUCUCCGAGUUAGCUGAUAUAUGCAGACGGUAUCCAUGUCUCAGGAAGUUCGAUUACAAGGGUGAUCAUGUGUUCUUUCUGUUCAAUCAAGAUAUGAUUAUAAUAGACAAUGAUUAUGAGGAGGCAUCAUUUGAAUUGUACAUCGGAAAUCCUUACGGGAAUGAAUUUAAAGUGGAGAAAUGUGGUGUUAACAUAUUUUACAUGGAUGCAGAGGGGUAUACCAUUAGUGAUGUGAUGAGAUGGGACAAAUCCUACGAGAAUUCUGAUUCUCAAAAAGAUGCUAGAGGGGAACUCAGGGAAGAUGCAGAAGAAAUUCUAAGUUGCUUUUAUAAGGGUGUAACGAGUGGAAUAAGCAACUUGAUCGACAAGACUCUACUUCAUAUGGAUUCUAAUAGGCAGAUUUCUAUGUAUGAAGAGAUGGGCAAGGAUCUUGUUCGCCAAAAGGAAGAUUUGUGUGGAGGCUAUUUUGGAGGGCAUCAUUUGACAGAUUACAUAGCAAUGCUAAGAACAGAACAGCUUUGA